GACGUGGCUGCCGAGGGACACCCAAAUGCUUCUUCCCGCCUGCUUCUCUCGCGACGACCUUCUGGCCUGGCUGUGCUUCAGCGCUUCACGCUCCGCCGCCGCCAUCACCCCUCCUCCACUACCAGCGUCGGUGAUUUGAUUUCCCUCCACCUUUUUGGCGCGCAACUCCCGCCCCCUCCACGCAAUGCUUGUCAGCUAGACUGCAUUCCACCCCCCACCUCUUGCAUGCAGACCUGCCCGCCUUACCGCCUGCCUGACUGAUUCCCCUGACGCCUCGCUGCCGCUUGCUGCCGUCGCUCGUGCGCUCCGACCCAAAGCGUGUUUGUCACCCCAUCGGUAGGUAAACCGCGUGCGCCACACAGAGAGAGGGAGAGAGAGGAGAGAGAGAGAGAGAGAGAGAGAGAGGGAGAGAGAGAGGGAGAGAAGAAGGCUUCCCCUUCUUGUUUUCCAUCUUCUGCCCAACAACUGCAAGGAGCAGCUGCGGCCGAGGCUGCACUCUGUUAAAAGAGGGAUUGGUUUUUCAUCUCGCCCCACACACAUUCCUGGGACGGUGCAGAGUAGGUGAGGAGAGGGAGGGACCAGGAGUAGGACCUCAGACUCUGGACAAUCCCCCCGCCCCCUCCCUUGCUCUGGGCUGCCCAGUUGGGGGUAUUUCCUCUGUGUUGUUAUGAGGACACACAAGGACAGACACACACCACAGUGAAUACAGAGUCCAAGUACUACCAAGUACUGACCGCCACCAGAGGGACUCACAGACAUCGCACUUGGUGAUAAAGUAAGGACAGGUUGACAAAGAGACGGACAGACGUGUCAUGGCGUACAAGGAUGGCAGCGGAUCCAGACUCUCUGGACGACUGAGGUCGGGGGAUCUACUCCAUUCUGGGCUGGCGUUGUCGGUGCUGCUGGGGUUCUGGUGCGUCAGUGGACUGGAGGUUUCCACAGGGAAGAUUACAGUCAUGGAGGCCAUGAAUGGCUCCACGGUCCUGAUUCCAUGUACCUACUCUUCAUGCAUCGGCAUUCAAAGGCUCUACUUCAACUGGCAUUACGAUGACAACGGGACCAUGCUGAAGCUCUGCGAGGGGUCGAUCGCUGCCGAGGGUGCUGAACCCCGCUUCAGCGUGUACCAUGAGCGAGUGGAGUUUGUUGGCAACUCCAAGAAGAGCAACAUCUCCUUCCUGCUGUACAACAUCACCUUCGCCGACGAGGGCGACUACGUGUGCUUUGCACGCAACUUUAAGGAGAAGAACCGAAACCACAGUGCCACCUUUACGCUCCACGUGGUGGACCAAGUGGUGGAGAUUGACAACACCUUGACCACCAUCAUCGUGUCAGUUGUGGGCGGAGUCAUCGGCUUCCUGAUCAUCUUCAUGGUGGUGAAGGCUCUUGUCGUUCACUUCAUUCUGAAGAAAGACGACAAGAAUAAAGAGUGUCUGGUGGGCUCCUCGGCAGGGGUGGACAACACGGAGAACGGACACACGACGGCCAAAGGCACCGAGGCCAAGGGAACACCGAAGGCAUGAGCGAGUACACUGUGUCUGUGUGUUUGUGUAGAUAUAUAGAGGUCAGUGGUCACAAUAGCCGCAGAAGGAAGCACUACAGAUGGACUGUUGUAUCAUAAGAGUGGCUGACCCCAUUAGCUCAUGUCAGACGAUAUUAACAACAAAAAAAAAUACACAUCUAUAUAUAUAUAUAUAUAUAUAUAUAUUUCAUGCUUGAAAUUUGGAAUGUGUGAAGUGAGCCCGCCCCCUAGCUCUCUACCUGCACCCUGCGUCAUCAACCCUGCUCCGAGAUGACCUCUCCACUCCUUACACUUCCCAGCCUGGCCAGUCUGCACAUCUCUCCCUGUAAAACACGAUGGCUUUCAACAGACACGCCAUCGGGAAAGUCCUCUCGGGAAUUCUUGCAGUGUACGACGUAUGGCUUGUACACAGCAUGAAAGCGGCUGGGUUGCUUUUAUUUUAAAAGGUAAAUUUCAUAUGAAUACUCCUUUCUAUAAAAUUCAAACUAGCACGUAUGAUCGUGCUCUUAGUAUAAUAGAAAACAAAAAAAAGAACCAAGAACGAUUUUUAUUUCAAGGAGUUUGGAAUCAAGGAUUUUCUACUCUUUUCUGUUGUGGUGUCCAUAUAGCCACAGAACACAAUCGCCCGGAACCACACAGCAGAUCGAAUACAGGAACACACACUUUACUAUAGUGUACUGCCAACACUCUACUGCCGUGAUGUCAACUGAUAGUACGACAGCACAACCUCUCCUGCCAACGUCCGGUAUUAUCAUCGCAGGACACGUGACCAAUCCUGAACCGUUUUGUUUACAAACUAGCAUAAACACAACACUAUGAAGCACAGAUUUCCUGAUCUGAUGUUAAUAGAUAAACAGCUGCCACCAAUCAAAUGAUGGCUCACCAUUGGUUGAAGACGAAAGCUAUCCAAUCAGAAAGCCCCUCUGGCUGUAAUCUGACCUUUUAACCUUCAUACCGUAACCACUGCCACAGUAUUCUCAACUACUGGUUUACCAAGGAGUCCGGUAUUUGCUGAAGAGGGCAGACAGAGAGAUACCUUAGUCUUCAGCUUUUAAACUAGCAGAGUUCUUAGUAGUAACAGUAGUAAUAGUUUAUAGGAAUAGUUUUUGAUGUGGCAGGGGCUGGCAAGUCUAACAAAUGUGCUUCCUGAGGCAAAAUAGUCGAUUCCGUUCUGCACCACUUUUGGUCCCUUUGCUUUAGAUAAGAAAAUAACUUCCUCCAUAGGGAAAAAACAGGUGCCUGUUUGAGAAACCCAAUAAAAUACACUGAAAAGCAAAUAAAAUAAAUAGGAAUAAAAGGAAAACACGCCCAACCACCCACGAAGAAACAAAUCGACUCAAAUCAUGCUGCUUCUGAUUAAUAACUGAUGCAUUUGGAGCAUGUGAAUUUUUUUUAGAGAACAUAUUUAUGUCUGUUUGUGUCUGACAUCACCUCAUCUGUCAUCAUGUCAGAACCCCAAUGCGUGAUCCCUCAAUGCAGAUGAGAGACAACUGUCAGGGCGGAAGUUGACAUUCAUUCACAGCAUGCUUUCUAAAGACUUCUUAAAAACUGCCAUUGCUUCACAGGCCGUCACCCACUAAGGACAGCUAGCACCACUUACCAGUCAGCCCAGUUAUGGUGGCAGCACUUACGGAAGAAACAACAUACAUUCAUACUAAGAAAGCCUAAACAUGCCGUUUGACAUGAUAGAGACAUGGAGGGCCUUUGCUACGAUAGCACGAGUCUUGCAAUGCUGAAAGCUGGCAUAAACAGACCAUUAUGUUCUUCCCAAAACACAUAUUUGUUUGUUGUUUGUAUUUUAUUUCAUAUUACCUGUUAUCAUUUUCUAUUGAGGUCCUUUUUUGCCUGGCCGUUCAAAAACUAGUAAAAAUUUAAUGUUUUGUGCAGUGGUGUUAAUAUCAAGAAAGCCAUGCAGACUGAAAAAAUAUUUUUUUUCAUCCAUGAACUCCAAAAUGGAGUUCAUGGAUGAAAAUAAACUAAUCAAAUGAUAGAUUAUAGAUUUAAUACAUUGAUAUAUCAUAUGUAAAGGAUACAUUAUACAUGCACACUGUAUGCAUUUGAUUCCUAUUUUGCUCUGUGCCAUGACUUGGUGAUUUAGUAUUUAUAAAAAAUUGGUAUUGUCUUCUUUGUCACUUUGUGAGCUGUUGAGCUCCAUUAACAGUCAUUACAUCACCAUUUAAUGUUGGGAAUUAAGAGAUUUAUGAGACAAAGGCGUCAUCGGAUAUGUAUGUCAUCAAUACUCUUAUAAUGGUUAGCAUGUCCAUUACCACUCACAGUCUGUAUUCCAGGCUUAAUUGUGAGAAACACAUCUCUGUUACAGAUCUAUUAUUUUGCUGCUGUACAGUGUCUCUACCAAAGCUGUCAGCAGCCAAAUGCCCCCUAGUGGCGAUGCCAUGACAGUUCAGCUUUAUUUUAUAUAUAUUUAGAGGUCGCGUUAUUGCAAGGGAGCAAUUUCAUUCUCGUUCCAAACUACAUAUUUUUUUAAUUAGCAUCUUCAUCCGCGGCUGCUCGCUAAUAUUGGAGUGCAUGCGUUCCAUGUUUGCGUUCUGGAGAAGCAAUAUAAGUGGUCUUCUGAGGACUGGCACUUUAUGACAUUGUAAUAGAGCUGUGGUGGGACACUGUCUGUCCCUUGCACAGAUAACUACGUAUCCAAAUUGUACAAAUGUAUUUGUUGUACUGAAGACAUCCUUGUUUAGAGUCUACCAUGGCUAAAUGACAGCUGUAAUACUAACGGCUCGCUAAAUAGGUUUCACAAGUACCAUUGGCUCCACAGCAUAGAAUUAUUGGCAUUUAUGUGGCUACAUUGCACAGAAAGAAAUGUCACACCAAUUCAUAAAUGAAAUAGGAAUUGUAUUAAUAAAUCUAUAAUAUAUAUUUUGACUUAAUGACAACAACACAAAUACAAGGCAGAAGAAUUCAGGAGAAUCCAAUCCAUAUGCUUCCAACACCAUUUGAAGUUAAUUGAAGUAAACUAAAAUGCGACUUGGAGUGUAAACAUAUUUUGUGAUGACUCAUUUUUAUGGCCAGGCACAAAUGGGUUUAUUUUUGACCAGAUAUACAUGUGUCAAUCAAUCAAUCAAGCAGCAAUGUACCAUGCAUGCUACUGUAACUAACACCACACACACACACACACACACACACACACACACACACACACACACACACACACACACACACACACACACACACACACACACACACACACGCGCGCGCACACGCACAAACACGCACGCACAUACAAACACACACAAACGCAACGAGUUAAGCUAUUUCCCCAGUAACGUUGUGUGUCUGAAUCUUCCAAAGAAUAGCCAUUUUGUUGAGUCAUGUUCGAUUCAGCUACAACAUCAUAGUCAGAAUUCAAAUAUGCUUUCUCCAAAUCUUGUCUUCCAUUUCAGACUUUUUGGCUAUAAAACACGCAUGGCUCUUUCAAUUUUCCCAUGUCGAUGCAUCCUUGUGCUUGCAUCUCUUCCUUGACAUGCAUAAUGUUCCCUGCAUCCAAAGCAUUGUUAAAGUGAACAUCAUGGCCUGUUUCCACCAUGGACUUGAGAGGAGAGUGCUAAAUUAUAUCAAUAAUCCAAACAACACAGAGAAACCAACCCCAAAUCUCAAAUCUGAAGUGGGAGCAUAGAUUGUAACGAGACACAAACUGCUACAACCUACAUCCAUGCAUCAUCGAUUGCAUUGCCUUGACGCAUAUAAAUAUAAACACAUUUAUUGAAGUGAUUUUCUCCUGCAUGUGUGCAUGAGCUCUGAGAUGAGCUGAUCUGAUCGUAGGAACCCCAUACAAAACAGGCUUACUGCUAAGCGCUGGUGCAGAGGCAAAGGCCUGACCACCACCUCACAGGGGUGGGUCUUCAAACAGGAAAUGGAAGUGACCCUCGCCCCAAAUCCAACCCUCUUUCUGGCAAAUGAAUAACCCUCACAUUUCCCGUUUCCAGUAUUGUUUAAAACUUGGUUGAGAACUAAAUUAAAACGGCAAGUGGGACACUAGAUGUGCCCUAUGACCCCUAAUCCCACUAUGACCCCCGUCCAAAACAUGUUUUAUUUACAUUUUCACGAAGGCCAACUUGGCUAAAGCAGGCACUUUAGAUACUUAUUGAAUACUUUUUAUUCAAUGUUUAAACCUUAGUAUUAUUAUUAUAUGUAUAAGAAAAGGUUUGACAUUAUUUUACGUAAUAACUAUAUCACUCCGAUCCCGGGUAAUGAAUGUAUGGUGGAUUACAAAGCAUGUCUAUACCCAAUAGAUUAUUAUUAUUGAUCCCCCUGCUCAUUCCAGAUACACAUGGGACAAUAGUUAACUAUCUGAGAGCAUUAAAAAUAAUGUAAAUAAAUGUCAUUAUUUUUUCUAGCCGAGUGAAUCCAACUGCAGCAUUGUAACGAAGCACGACACUUCUAAUGACAUGACCACACUACAAAAAGUUAAUAAGAGGUCUGUUCAUGCUAUACUACUAAUAACUACAGCUUAUCGAAAUACAUAUAACAACCCUAAUAUUAUUAUUCAUACGGUACACUGAACCAAUGUCGUGAGAUGCCAUCCCACCGCUACACUGCCGUGUGCUCUUACAGCAGUGGUCACAUGACUGCUAUUCAGAACCAGAGGACCUGAGGCCUACAGCGGCAGAAGCUCACACUGCCAGACCAAGGUGUGAUGUCCGCUAAAUACUUUCCACAUUCCAAACCCUUUCAGAGAAAAUACCUGAUGACCGGUUGGCUUCAAACACUGCCCCGAACACAACCAGAACUAAACCAGAGAAUGUUUGACUCAAACAUGACGCAGCUGUUAAACGGAGUACAUUGAGAUUGGACUUGUUGUUCCUCUUCGAUAUGAGAAAUUCACAUUUAAAAAGAGCUAGGUAUUUUAUGAAAGUUUCCUUUUAAAUUCUGUUGUACGAGUUUGCGUAUGUUAUGUAGAACCAUGGAUGAAACUAAUAUCAUGUUUAUUCUCCCUCAUGCUCUGUAGUAGUAUCAUAAUAACACAUUGCAUGAUAGUAUUAUUCUGUAUAACAUUUAUGGUGAACUGUAGAGGAAAUCUCAAUAUUAGUCAGCUAGAGUUUGAAUUAUAAGCACAGGCUUAUAUUAACCUCACUUGUUGCCACUGCUUUUUAACCAAUGUGUAUGUUUUCUUUAUACAUUUUAAACAUCCGCCAAACUUACCACUGAUAUCAAUGGAACUCCAUGGUAAUUACACAAAUAUCUCGGAGUAAACAGUGUCGUUCUAAUCUUACCAGUUAAACAAGGGACUCCCGUAAAUGUCUCAGUUUACAAUUUUCUGAACACAGUCUGUGAAACACACACUCCCCACAUCCGCAGUCCCUCACCAAAACCACUUACCAAACUAGAUCUGUCUUUCAAUCAGUGUUUAGCCGCUGCUAUGUGUGUCCAUGUUGCUCAUCCUGCUCACUGACUAUGCAGGAUGCUUUUCUUUCCUUUUAUUUCAAACUGCUGAACUGGAAAAUUAAACGAUUAUUUCAAA